UAUUCAGAGCCCUUUUCGUUAGGGUAACUCAUUUGUUUUUCUUUUGGUUGACAGUUUGUGAACUGUACAUUUAGCGCAUUCUAUUAAGUCAUUUAGAAAGAUUAAUUUGACCAAUUUACUAGACCCGAUUGAGAUAGCACAAUGCACAUAAAACCACAGUCUUCACCGCUACUCUAAGCAAUAUUGCAAGUUCUACAGGCUUAUUCGGACCUUACAACAGCAACCAAUAUGACAAAAAGUGUAUUUAUAUUAUAAGUAUAGCAACAAUACAAACAAACUACACAUUCAUAGCGACAUUCGCACGACAUCCUGGCUGUACCUUUAAAUGGAGCGAAAUCGCGAAUAUGCAAAAUACCAGCGCACUUAGACGACCAGAAACUCUGAAGUUCCAUAUCCUGUUCCUUCAGAUAACGACACAUUCUUAAAAUCGACGUCGCCUUCAUAAAAAUUCCCCGAUUAGUAUUAAAUUGAAUUUAAAUAUGGAUGAAGUAAAUCAUAAGCACUGGAAAACAAAGAACUCGAAUUAGCGCGAUGCAAAUGGAAGUAGGCCUAUACAUUUUCUAUUUUCAUGUACGGAACAUGGAAAACGCGGAACAUGCCUUAGUGCUGGAGAUUCGCCGCUUCAGUUGAUUACGCGGAGGUACAGUGUUGGAAAAUAAAGGAAACGGGAAUCGACUCAUCGGUCUGUGAGAGAAAUGCCGUGGCACCUGAGGGGCCUGGCGGACUGACACACAGCACCCCCUUCUUUUCAGGAGAGGAAAGAUUAAAUACCCCGACUGGGGCCAGAGAAAGAGUGGAGAGGAGCACAUUGUCUAUCUUUUGUUCUUCCUAAUGUCUCCGGAGAGAGAUCUCCAUGGGCUGGCCGGCACUUUCUGCCAGACUGUUUAAAGAAAUACCCAUAAUUCCUGCCUUCAGACAGGAGUGAAAUAAUUCUAGAAAAAAAGUACAAAAACCUGAUUAAUCUUAUCGAGGCUAGAUCAGAGACAGGAUAAGGGUUUUGAAGAGUCUUUGCUCCAAAGGAUAUUCAAAUUUGAAGUUUUUGGGGGAUUUUUCCUUUUUACAACUCAAAAGGGAUUGUUCUCGGAUGUGGGUUUGGCUUUUCACCAUGGCUCUGCCCCCAGUCUGCUUGAGGGAUUUGAUUGGCUGUUGGACUAUCAUUCGGAGCUCCACACUGGUCCUGCUUUGCUGCGCCGUGGCGACGCUGGCGGCCAAGCCCCGCCCGCCCGGUCACACCCACCUGAACUCCAUCCGGAUCGACGGGGACAUCUCGCUGGGGGGUCUGUUCCCGGUGCACGCCCGCGGGAACGACGGGAAGGCGUGCGGGGAGCUGAAGAAGGAGAAGGGCAUCCACCGGCUGGAGGCCAUGCUCUUCGCCCUGGACCGCAUCAACAACGACCACGACCUGCUGCCCAACAUCACGCUGGGCGCGCGCAUCCUGGACACCUGCUCACGUGACACCCACGCCCUGGAGCAGUCCCUCACCUUCGUCCAGGCGCUCAUCGAGAAGGACGGCACCGACGUCAAGUGCCUGAGCGGGGGGCCGCCCAUCAUCACCAAGCCUGAGAGGGUGGUGGGCGUGAUCGGGGCCUCGGCCAGCUCUGUCUCCAUCAUGGUGGCCAACAUCCUCCGCCUCUUUAAGAUCCCCCAGGUGAGCUACGCCUCCACGGCCCCGGAGCUGAGCGAUAACACCCGCUACGACUUCUUCUCCCGCGUGGUCCCGCCGGACACCUACCAGGCCCAGGCCAUGGUGGAUAUCGUCAAGGCCAUGCGCUGGAACUACGUCUCCACGGUGGCAUCGGAGGGCAACUACGGGGAGAGCGGCGUGGACGCCUUCAUCCAGAAGUCCCGCGAGGACGGAGGUGUGUGUAUCGCCCAGUCUGUGAAGAUUCCCCGGGAGCCAAAGUCGGGAGAAUUCGACAAGAUCAUUCGCCGGCUCAGGGAGAACCCUAAUGCCCGUGUGGUCAUCCUGUUCGCCAACGAGGACGACAUCAGGCGUCUUCUGCAAGCAGCCAAAAAGGCCAACCAGACAGGCCACUUCCUGUGGGUGGGCUCGGACAGCUGGGGGUCCAAAAUCUCCCCUGUGCUGCAUCAAGAGGAGAUGGGGGAGGGGGCGGUUACCAUCCUGCCCAAACGCAUGUCUGUCAGAGGUUUCGACCGCUACUUCAUCAGCCGAACCCUGGACAACAACAGGAGGAAUAUCUGGUUUGCCGAGUUCUGGGAGGACAACUUCCACUGCAAGCUGAGCCGCCAUGCGCUGAAGAAAGGAUCCGGGAUCAAAAAGUGCACAAAUCACGAGCGGAUCGGGAAGGACUCGUCCUAUGAGCAGGAGGGGAAGGUGCAGUUUGUCAUCGACGCGGUCUACGCCAUGGCCCACGCGCUGCACAACAUGCACAAGGAGCUGUGCCCGGGCAAGGUGGGCCUCUGCACCAAGAUGGACCCCAUCAACGGCACCAUGCUGCUCAAGUUCAUCCGCAACGUCAACUUCACAGGCAUUGCUGGGAACCCUGUGCUUUUCAAUGUGAAUGGAGAUGCGCCUGGUCGCUACGAGAUCUUUCAGUACCAGAUCAAGAAUAGUACGGCAGAGUACAAGGCCAUUGGAAAUUGGACCGACCAGCUCCAUUUAGACAUCAAGGCGAUGCAGUGGCCGGGGGGCGCCCGGCAGGUACCCGUCUCCAUCUGCAGCCAGCCGUGCCCUCUGGGCCACCGCAAGAAGACGGUGAAGGGCAUCCCCUGCUGCUGGCACUGCGAACGGUGCGACGGCUAUCAGUACCAGGCCGACACCUUCAGCUGCAAGAUGUGCCGCUUCGACCUGCGGCCCAACGAGAACCACACGGGCUGCCGGCCCAUCCCCAUCGUCAAGCUGGAGUGGAGCUCGCCCUGGGCCGUCAUCCCGGUCUUCAUCGCCAUCCUGGGCAUCAUGGCCACCCUGUUCGUGGUGGGCACCUUCAUCCGUUACAACGACACGCCCAUCGUGAAGGCCUCAGGCCGCGAGCUCAGCUACGUGCUGCUGACGGGCAUCUUCCUGUGCUACGCCACCACCUUCCUGAUGAUCUCCACGCCCGACGUGGGCAUCUGCUCCCUCCGCCGCAUCUUCCUUGGCCUGGGGAUGAGCAUCAGCUACGCCGCCCUCCUGACCAAGACCAACCGCAUCUACCGCAUCUUCGAGCAGGGAAAGAUGUCCGUCUCUGCCCCCCGCUUCAUCAGCCCGGCCUCCCAGCUGGUCAUCACCUUCAGCCUGAUCUCGGUGCAGCUGCUGGGGGUGUGCAUCUGGUUCGGCGUGGACCCCUCCCAGGCCAUCAUCGACUACGAGGACCAGCGCACGGCCAACCCGGACUUCGCCCGCGGCGUGCUCAAGUGCGACAUCUCGGACCUGUCGCUCAUCUGCUUGCUGGGGUACAGCAUGCUUCUCAUGGUCACCUGCACCGUCUACGCCAUUAAGACACGAGGAGUCCCCGAGACCUUCAACGAGGCCAAGCCCAUCGGCUUCACCAUGUACACCACUUGCAUCGUCUGGCUGGCCUUCAUCCCCAUCUUCUUCGGGACCUCGCAGUCCACAGAAAAGAUGUACAUCCAGACGACCACGCUGACCAUCUCGGUGAGCCUGAGCGCCUCCGUGUCCCUGGGGAUGCUCUACAUGCCCAAGGUGUACGUGGUGCUGUUCCACCCGGAGCAGAACGUGCCCAAACGCAAACGCAGCCUGAAGGCCGUGGUCACGGCCGCCACAAUGUCCAACAAGUUCCCCAAAGGAGGCCUGCGGCCCAACGGAGAGGCCAAGUCUGAGCUGUGCGAGAGCCUGGAGACACAAGACUGCGGAGAGGGCGGGGAACACGGUGAGGGACUGUAGAGGCUCCCUCCCACAGUUUCCAAGCAAACCUACAUCAGCUACAGCAACCAUGCAAUCUAGGACAAGACGUAGCCCUCUGAUGCCUGGAUCUGACCUCACCCCAGACACAUAUGAAUCACACAGACAGAAAAGCAGUGGGAAACAAGGAAAAAGAGGUGGCCAAUUUAAAACAUUUUAAAAACAGGAUCUUUGAGGACCAGGUUUGGCAAACAAAUGCCAAGACAAAAAAAAAAAAAACAAGCUGCAGGGAAGAUUCUCUGGGGGCCACGUCGAAUGUGACACGGUGUUGUCCCAGAGACCGUCAGAGACAACAGGCAGCCUCGUGUCCAUGGUAACAGCAGAGCGGAUGGAUUCCGGACCGAGGUUUUCCUUCUGGAGUUUAUAUCACGGCUUGCUCUUGCUCUUGCUCUCAAGACCUCUGUUCUGAAGUUUACUUGAGCUUCUCAGUAAGAGCGACAAGUAAAACAUUUUUUUUUGUAAAAAAAAAAAAAAAAAAAAAAAAGGCUGUUAUCUUCAUGUGCCGUGUCGUAUUCUUGCCAGUCAUGUGAAGAGUUAACUAGAGUUCUUCUCCGUCAUUUGAGGUUGUGACCAAGGGCUGAAUAAGAGCAGCCAAUAAAGCCCGUGUGAUCCACAGUUCUCUCCAGUUCAGUCUCCUCUGUUUGUCCUCAGUUAUAAAAAUGGAGCCAUGUCGGGAAUUUUAAGACAGAUAUUUACUCAGACCAAAAAACAAAAAAACAAAACAAAGCUGAUCAUUGUAUUGGUCAAUACAUACACGGUACACAGAAGCCAUUCAGACGAUGUUGCAUUUUCUCUUUUCUAAUUGUUUUUGUGAAGAAGGUGAUGUUUAAUUUGUUCAUGCAAAAAUAAUAAACAUCUGCUUGGAUAAGUGUAUGACUGCCUGUGUAGUGUCAUUCACAUACAUGCCUACAUGCAGAUCCAACCACCCUAAUUAAUCAGUACAAAUGUUCCUCCAACUUCUGUUUCCCCCAUGAGGGGGGUUAAGGUGACUACAGUAUACCAUGUGACACUGUCUGAGUGGUAUUUUUGUUCAGAUAUCAAGCAUGCUUGUAGGAACAUACUGUGUGUACUGUGUUGUCAAAGUCGGAAUGCAACUUGUGAGGACUGUGGUAAAAUUCUGUUACAGUGGUGUCACCGUUUGGGUCUGUGCUGCGUCUGGGAACCCAAACCUAUUGAGGUCUAGUGAUUACUGGUUUAUUUUAUCAAGUUUUCUUUUUGUGUGUGUGUGAUUAAAUAUUUAUUUUUUGUACGUAAUUAAGUAUUAAAUCAGUUUUGAACCAUAAACAGAAACGGAGACCAAACGGAAGGACUGCACUGUACUCCUUCUGGAAACUUCCUGGUUUUCUGCGUCUGUAAUCCAGUAUUCCACUACCUAUUCCAAAUAUAUUACCAGUUUAUAUACCACACUCCAUAGCUGGUUCACCAUGGUUCCACUGUGCCCAGCCCAUGACAUGGACUAGCUUAUUUAGAGGGGGCGUACUGUAUGGAUUUACCAUUGUUUUUAGCAUUUCCUUUAUUUGCAAUGGCAGAUACAUGUAUCUGUGUUCAGGAGUGGGAACAACAUUACACAACAAUUGAAAAGAUCAGAAAGAAGGAUACAACUUGGAAGGUUUCAACAGCCAAUCAUGUCCUGCAUGCAAAUGUGAAAGACCCACAGUCGUGGCUGUAUAUUUACGCUUUCUAUGGUUAGUCUUUCUUUUGUUUUUGUUCCGUGCAAUUAGAUAAUUAUCUUUAGGGCUAGCCCUGGGCCUCCAUUCAAAUUGGAGGAGCUCACCAGCCUUGUACAGUUAAUGACAAGUCAAUCGCUGACCUCUUUAUGAUGAUUCUACCAGUGUUUAGAUCUCAAGGAGAACCAACCACCAUGUGUCACUCAUAAACUGCCCUGGCAAAGUGCUGAUCUAUAAGGUUGGCUUUGCAAAAAAAGCAAGAAAGAAAGAACGAAAGAAAGGAAGGCAGGAAGAAAGAACACUUUAGACGUUUAUGUUAUGUAAAACGGGGAAAGCCCCGCUGCUUCAAUGGUUUUAUAAGCUCCAGAAGGAAAACCGAAGAGGUGAUUAUCAAAAUAUUUUUUUAAAUUACAGCAAAAGACAAACCUACUUCUUUUCUUUCAUUCAGCUGUCAUUGCUUCGACCGAUAUCGCCGAGGCUGUGGCAAAAUGAGGUGUGGUUUAUUUUUCUGUUGAUGAAAUAUUGUGGGGUUGUUUGUGAUUGUGUAUACCAUGAGUUUAUGCUUUUUGUCCCUUCUCCUCUACCAUCACCUGGUUCUUUUCAACACGUUGUCUGUGUUGCAAAAUAGAGUAUGUAAGUGCUGACCAAAUUAAAUGGCAAGUUAAUGUAUGUUAUUUAAAAAUGGAUUGAUCAUGUCUGCUUUAUGUACUGACCUAUUAAAAAAAAAAAAAGAAACAAAAAAGAGAAAUACAGUGCCUGGAUAUUUAUGACUUAUCUAUAGAAAACAUAUUGAAAAGUGUAGAGCAUGUUCAUUUUUAUACAAAAAAAAAAGAUAUUUCUAAUAAAAAACUGUUUUGCAAAUACAA